GCACAAGCUUUUGUGCAUAUGAGGGGUGGAAUCUUGGUUGCCAUGUUGUGAGGAUUUAGGUUGAGUAGCAAGAAGAGGAAGAUGUGCGUAUAUUUGGCUAGGGAGAUGGGAGUAGGAUCGAUCUCUGAUCUUUUGAGCUUCACCAUGAAAAGCAAAGAUCAGAACAGGAGAGGGGAGGGCACUACUUCUUGAUAAAUUUCUCAUGAUCAAGAAAAAAAGGCAGGGAGAGAUGGCAGCAGCUUCAUCGCCCUGCGCAUGCAUGACCGAUCUGAGCUGCGGGCCUUCGUCGGUGACGGAGAUGGCGGCGGCGGCGGGGUCGGCAUCGUCGGCUGUGGCGGCGGCGGCGGCGGCGGGGAGCGAGAAGAUGGGGAGGGGCAAGAUCGAGAUCAAGCGCAUCGAGAACACGACGAACCGGCAGGUGACCUUCUGCAAGCGCCGCAAUGGCCUUCUCAAGAAGGCGUACGAGCUGUCCGUCCUCUGCGACGCCGAGGUCGCGCUCAUCGUCUUCUCCAGCCGCGGCCGCCUCUACGAGUACGCCAACAACAGCGUGAAAUCCACCGUUGAGAGGUACAAGAAGGCAAACAGCGACACCACUAACUCCGGUACAGUUGCAGAAGUCAGUGCCCAGCACUACCAGCAGGAGUCCUCAAAGCUGCGUCAACAAAUCAGUAGCUUACAGAACGCAAACAGUAGGACCAUAGUGGGCGAUUCUAUCAACACCAUGAGCCCCAGGGAGCUUAAGCAGGUAGAGACCAGGCUGGAGAAAGGCAUAGCCAAGAUAAGGGCUAGAAAGAAUGAACUGCUAUAUGCUGAAGUCGAGUACAUGCAGAAAAGAGAAGUUGAGCUGCAGAAUGACAACAUGUACCUGAGGAGCAAGGUUGCUGAGAACGAGAGGGGGCAGCAGCAGCCACUGAACAUGAUGGGGGCAGCAUCAACAAGUGAAUAUGAUCAUAUGGUUAACAACCCAUAUGAUUCCAGAAACUUUCUUCAGGUCAACAUCAUGCAGCAACCUCAGCAUUACUCCCAUCAGAUGCAGCCAACUACCCUUCAACUCGGUUCUCUCUACUCUGCAGCCAGCAGUCAGCCUUCAAUUAGUUUUGGCCUAGUUGAACUCUGAAAAUUUACUGCGAAUCUAUCUAUCUAUCCGUUGCGGUUGGGAUCUGAAGGCGUCGAAUCAGCCUGAGCAGAUCGACAUGCAGUAAUUCUAUGUUCGUCAGAUCGAUCAUAACCAGUAAUUUUCACUAGGUGUGUGACAAAUUAAAUUGUACCAGUAUGCAUUUCAAGCAAGCUAGCGUUCGUUUGUGGCUCGAUCAGGCGUUUGCAUGCAUGCAUACAUAUGCUUGCAUGCGUCGUGUGUUGUAUCGAUCUGUCUGUGUCACGUACGUUUAUGAUCACAGCACGUGCGUGCAUGUGUGUGUGUGCGCGCUCUGAUUUGUGUGGAACUCAGCAGCAGAUCAAAUAUUGUACCACCACCUAUAUAUAUGUGAUUAAUUAUGUGAGGAUUAAGGGAUUA